AUGCUGACAGUCGGUGGUAUUCUGGGGAUGGUUGCCAUCGCCGCAGCUGUGACAACAUCACCUCCACCAACUGAGGCUCCUACAACAGCUCCACAGACUACCACGGCGGCUCUACCCAGCACAGCAGCACCAACAACCAAAGUACCAACCACCGAACCUCCCACCAGUGUACCCCCUACUACCGAACCUCCCACAACCGAACCCCCUACUACAGAACCUCCCACCACUGUACCCCCUACUACAGAACCUCCCACCACUGUACCCCCUACCACAGAACCUCCCCCAACUGAACCCCCUACUACAGAACCUCCUACCACUGUGCCCCCUACUACACAACCUCCCACCACUUUACCCCCUACAACAGAACCUCCCACCACUGUACCCCCUACUACAGAACCUCCCACCACUGUACCCCCUACUACAGAACCUCCCCCGACCGAACCCCCUACUACAGAACCUCCUACCACUGUACCCCCUACUACAGAACUUCCCACAACCGAACACCCUACUACCGAACCUCCUACCACUGUACCCCCUACUACAGAACAUCCCACCACUGUACCCCCUACAACAGAACCUCCCACCACUGUACCCCCUACAACAGAACCUCCCACCACUGUACCCCCUACAACAGAACCUCCCACAUUCGAACCCCCUACAACAGAACCUCCCACAACCGAACCCCCUACUACAGAACCUCCCACCACUUUACCCCCUUCUACAGAAACCCCCACCACUGUACCCCCUUCUACAGAAACCCCCACAACCGAACCCCCUACAACAGAACCUCCCACCACUUUACCCCCUACUACAGAACCUCCCACAACCAAACCUCCUACUACGAUACCUCCCACAACCGAACCCCCUACUACAGAACCUCCCACGACCGAACCCCCUACUACAGAAUCUCCCACCACUAUACCGUCUACUACAGAACCUCCCACCACUGAACCCCCUUCUACAGAAAUCCCCACCACUGAACCCCCUACUACAGAACCUCCCACAACCGAACCCCCUACUACAGAACCUCCCACAACCGAACCUCCUACAACAGAACCUCUUACUACUUCACCUCCCACUACAGAGCGUGUGACAACGAAUCCUCCCACAACAGCACCCCUCACUACCGAACCCGCCACUACAUAAGCACCCACAACAGAACUGCCAAGUACUGUACACCCUACCUCGAGGGCUGUUACCACAAUCCCAUCUA